AUGUUUGAGGCAGAUGACAACCCCGUAGAUCCUGUUGAUGAGGGAGAGUUUUUACCUCCAAGACCUAUCAUGGUGCAAGAGAUGCAACAGAGUGUUCAGCAGAUAUUGGUUCCGCCUCCCAGACCGCCGCCGCCCAACUUUGGAGCCAGCGCAGCCAGCCCCAGACCAGGACCUACUGUGGCCAUUCCUGUGAGCCCAGCGGUGCCAGAGUCCCCGGCCAGCCCUGUUGGAUCUGCUUACUCGCCAACCGACACCCCCACCAAGAGGAUCACACGGUCUCCGCCUCCUUAUUCUCCGAACAGGCUAGCGUGUGACCGGUCCUACUACGUGGCGAGACAGGACCACCAGUUCGCCUUGCCCGCGGACUGCCCUGACAAUCGGCCAGCCAGACCACCGAUGCCAUUCUCAGCGGCCAAUCCGCCCCUGCAGCCCGCUCCGGAGGCCCAUCGUGAGAGAGUUCGGAGGAGAGCUCCAUCCCCUCCCAGACCGGUUGGACGAGGACGAGGAAGUCCUUACGUAAGACCCACUAUUUUAUCUAAGGAUUCUGCAUUUGGCCGCCCUUCAUUGCCUUUCGCACGUGCCCGGAACUUGUUUGCGGAUUUUGUACCAAACAUUCAAAGUCCGCCCUCUCCUCCGCCCAUGGUCCGAACCUUUCCCGGGCCACCUCAAGCUCCCAGGACCCCGUCACCGCCGCUUGCUGAAAUUCCUCCAUCAAGAACUCCAUCACCAGACAUUUUUUUAGAACUGUAUCAACACAGCAGGCAUCCGGUUGAUGACAGGAGUCACUUGACUAUCAUCCCCAGUUGGGUCAUAAAAGCGGGAAUGUGUUGUGUGCUACGGAGAGCAAGAGCACCUCCAGGAAAUGGAGUCCUCUACAACCAUCAACUCAACAACCAUCAACCCAACAACCAUCAACCCAACAACUAUGACAGCACCUGUGAAUCCCACAAUGAUGUAUUCAACUACACUCAGUGA